AUGACAGAUGUUGUUACCGUAGUCAUGCCCGUCAGUCUGUCACCGGCUGCUGUGUGCCAGUGCUUCACCCUGGUGUCUCUGUGCACUUCCAUCGCCGACCCGAACUGGAUCGAGGUCCGAAACACCUCUGACCCGAACAGUAAUGAGCUCAUUUACGGGGUGGCGUUUACUCUCCAUGCUGCACAGAACCUCACUGACACAGGUCCUCUGGGGGGUGUAAACGGAUGGGGGAUGUGGCUUCUCUACGCGCUAGCCGCUGUGUGUUACUGUGCUGUCCUAUUCUCUAGUUCCUCCUUCCUGCUGGACUUUCUGGGUGUUGGGGUGUCUCACUCUCGACUGGUGACAUCACUUCACGUUUCCACAACCUUCCUGUGCCUGGCAAUACUGGGAGUGUGGGGUGCCUGUUUGUUUGUCAUACAUCAUAACCUGACCCAGAGGGGAAGGUUUGGGGCGUCUGGAGGUGCCCACGUCUUCGCCAGGCAGAGUAAGAACGAACUGACGCCCUAUCCAGGGGAGAGCCCGUUCAUAGAGAUUUUUGGCCUUUUCUUCUCUCUCAUGGCUUGCGGUUUCACUCUCACCUCUCCGCCGGUGACUGCCUCCCCUAGGAACAGGCAGGAGGCAGGAGACAGUGAGACAGAGCCACUGGUUGAGGGAGAGGAAAGACAGCAGUGGUGAGAAGAGGUGAUAAGGUGAUAAGAGUUGCCCAUCUGAAAAAAAAAUCUUUAAGAAUGCGUACUGAGGUGCUGUU